AUAUCCGUAUUCUCGUAAAUAACGGAGUUAGUAUAGAAGUGGUUUACUCAGACUGGCCCGCAAGGACAGGGAGUAGAGAAACUAAAUCCAAUCGCAGUUGGAGAUUCUACCAAGCUCACCUUUGAUUAAAGUCCUUGCAUUGCACCUUUAAUUCCCUCAGUAUUGAAUGCAGGAUAGUUGAAAUUGUAGUAUCGAGGCUAUCUUCUACGAAUCAAUACAUUGGGACAUAUCUACCAUCUUUUAUACGGAAGGAACGGAACAAAGGUUGGUUCUCCCCGCAUGGAUAUUAACCCCGUGUUGACGAUUUUUGUAGUAAUAAAACGUCGUUAGAACAAUACGGGGGUUCGGGGUUAAUUAGUGAAUAAUAAUAUAGACCAUGCAUGAUUUAGAAGCUAACACAGAACUAACCUAAUACAGAAGUUAGAAUUUUUAAGUAGUUUAUAGUUAAGAGAGUACCCAAGGAAGAAGAAAAGCUUGGUCUGCUGAGUAUAUAUAGAAGUAAUCGUAAAGCAACUGAAACCGCUUUUCAGAUCAUAAGAUUAACAUAUCUGGGACGAUUCGAUGAAAUAAUGAUUCAUCGAACUUUCCAUCCUAACAGAAGCUACUCAUCUUCUAUGCUUCCCCACUUGUCCACUACUAACAACUUACAACCGCCAAAUGCCCACGACCCAGCCGCGUCAUCAGUUGAUUCCAACAAUUCUCCGGAAUCCGUGAUCUCAAAUUUCUUCACCACUGGAGGAGCAAACACCAUAAAUUCCCUGGUUACUAAACUCACAAACAAGCAUACCAUCAUCCACCCUACUAAUAAACCCGCCAAGAAAAAGAAAUCAAACAUCAGGGCUUGUGAUGGAUGUGCAAUUCGAAAAGUUAAAUGUGAAGCCACUAGGCCUUGUUCUCAUUGUGUUGCCAACAACUUAAAAUGUACUCUGUUGAGAGAACGUAAGAAAUCAGGUCCCAAGAACUUGCAUAGAAAGACGUUGGACUCAAUCAACAGUUUAAGCGAAGUCAUAGAAAUUAAUCAACCACUGAGGAGCACAAGCGCCAAUGGCGGUGCUACUAACGGUGCAUAUACACCUGCACGUCCUGCUUUACUGGCUUCUUCUUCCGUGUCCAAUGUGUUGUCUAAGGAAGAUUCGAAUGAAGGUUCAAAUGAUCCCUCAGCUAUGGAAAUUACCAGUGCAAAUAGUACCCCAUCAAGUGUGUCAGCCCAACAGGCGGCUGCCUUUAUGUCAAAUGUUUCAUCACUUGCAGCUUCAACACAACCACAAAUGCCUGAAUCUACAACUGGUCCGGUACUACCUAUGCCAAAUCCAUAUUCAGCUUCAAUCCCAUUACCAACUGGAACAGCAAUAAAACAAGAUGAACCUUCCCUGGCGCAAUCCUCCACCUUGGCGUCUCCACCAAUGCUGAAACUGGAAACUGCAAAUAGCACCAACCUGGCCCAAGAAUAUAUCGUGACUCCACAUCAUCUUGUUGAAAACCUUAAUCUUAUUGGUGAAGAACCAGCUAUUUUCGAAUUAUUAAAACCAUUAACUUUAAAAUCAUUAACUACAAACUAUUCUAAACUAGUGGAGUUCUUGGUAUCCAACUACCCCAAUGUGAAGAAUUCUCCUUAUAAUCCAUUCCAUCUGGAAAUCAAUCUUAUCCACCACCACAAUGAUCCGUUGUUUUUAUCAACCUUACUAAUCAUUCUUACUAUCAACCUCCUUAUUUCUGAAUUUAUGAUCAAAUUGAAGAAGCAAAAGUUUAAAGAUUUCCUUCAAUACUCCAAAAAGAAGUUGAUGUACCGAGCAUUCAAGAAUUAUAGAAACCUUUGUCAUUUCAAAGUAUUGGAAAUAUACACCCUUGUCGAAAUGAGUUUUAUUGUUCCACCUGUCAUUCCACCAAGAUCAGUCGGUAACCAAUCCCAACACCAAUUCCAACAUUUAAACCAAUAUCAAAUUUAUUACAAUUUGGCAGUGUCUAGUUUCCACAUGUGUAAUUACUUUCACAUUUUAAACUUGACAAACACAUUAAACACCACCAAUUCAGGCCAAGUGUACAAUUACGGCAAUGAAGCGCAAGAGCACGAGAAGAUCUUGUAUAUUAACCGAGCAAUCACCUACUUCCAAUUGAUCAAUGUCAGAAACAAUGAACCCUUAGGACCAGUUGCCGAAUUGUUUGCUGCUUUGUAUAUUGCUGAACGUUAUUAUGUGAUCUACUCGUCCCAUAAUUACAACUUGAACCUUACUCGGAACAACGAUAUUGUGUUAAGGUUGGACUCACAAAGAAUGAGGGCAUUUAUUAGUCUUCCUGGGAACGACCUUGAACAUGACUAUGUGUUUGCAUUGACAAAAGUGGUUAAUGAUUAUAGAUUGAUUGAUGAGUUGUGCCAUAGAUCGAACUUCAAUGUGUUGUUAAGUUAUGAUAGUACCAGCAUGAAUUUUGCCAAGUUUACCGAAGUGCAAGGAUUAAUCAGCUCGAUUCCCGUGCAUGAACCAAUCCACGAAAUUGUCAAGAGUAUUCUAUUAUUCAAGUUGUUGUUGAUUUUCCCUGGUGAUUUCCAACAAUGCAAGGAGGUUGUGGUUACCUUAGUUUCUGUUUUGAAUACGGUGUUAGAACAAGCUGAUUCUGAUGUGUUUAAGGUUCAAAUGUCAAACCAUCAAGUUUGUCAACCGUUACUUCAUUUGUUGAAGAUCUUCUUGGAGAUGAAGCAGAAGGAAACGAGAGAGAAUUCUCAGGAUACGCGAGAUCAAGAAGACCAGAAUAUCUUGAUUAGGUAUAGUGAUAAUCUUAUUAAGCAUUUCCCAUUCUUUAACAAUAUCAACAAGUUGGUUAGAGCACACAAGAUUUUGAACAAUUGGUUCCUUAACUUGAGUGAAUAUAGAAAAAGAAAGCAACAACGACAACAACAACAACAGCAGCAGCAGCAGCAAGAUAUUGCAAUGCCUGUGGCCACUGCUCGACCAGCACCACAGCAACCGGCUUUGUUUGGCAUGUCACCUCAUCCUCCUCCAUUGCUUCCUUCUUUACAUUCAUCAGGAUCAUUAAAAGACCAAGAUGUUGAUCUUGCCGAACUCCUUAAGGACUUCCACGACUCGAAUAUCCGCUCCAACAACUCAUCAAACCGUGUUUCACAAGACCAAACUCCGGAAGAGUACGAAAAUGCCCAGCCACAACACCGGGCCGAGGAUGAGGAAGACGAAGAAGAGGAAUUCUUUUCGAUUGUGCCCAAAAAGCAACAUGGUCCUAAGCUCGCACUUCCACCACCGGUACAACAAACCCAAUCAGCCACUCAACAACCGCAGAUGACACCAGGCAAUGAUGUCGAUACACCAGCAUCACUUCAUUUCACUGCAAGUACCAAGAACUUUCUUUCUUUGUUUGCAGCUACUAAUUUCGAAGAAGCAAUGAAUAACACUAGCGGUGGAGCACCAGGGGCAAGUUCAGGAGGUAAUCUUGGUAAUGGGUCGAGUAGUGCACCGGGUAAUAAUAGUUUUUUCAAUUUGUAUCAGUUAAGUAAUGUAGAGAGUUCACGAGAGUGAGUAUAUAUUAAUAGAUGUGAUUGCUAAAAGAC